CGUUUGUUGGAGCAGCAGCUCGUUUGUUGGAGCAGCAGCUCGGUUGUUGGAGCAGCAGCUCGGUUGUUGGAGCAGUAGCUCGGUUGUUGGAGCAGCAGCUCGGUUGUUGCUGCUUCGGCAAGCGAGCGUCUCGUCCUUCCUCCGCGGCCGCGUCGUCAGCUGUCAAGUCGACGCCACAGCUCUCGCCAGCCUCGAGAAGCGACGCCCUGUGCUGUGCCAGGAUGAGCGGCGACGGCGACGGUUUCAACCCCGCUGCGGUGGCUCAGCCGGUGGAGGACGCGCAAGGGGAUGGGCGCUGGAUGGCACAGCACAGCCGAUUUGUGCAGGAGUGCAAAGACGCAGAACCAGAUGUGCUGUUUGUGGGAGACUCGAUGGUACAACUGAUGCAGCAAUAUGAGGUGUGGAGGGAGUUGUUCUCACCGCUUCACGCCCUCAACUUUGGCAUCGGCGGCGACACCACCUGCAACGUCUUGUGGCGGCUGCAGAACGGAGAGCUGGAGAACAUCCGUCCCAAGAUUGUGGUGGUGUGGGUAGGAACCAACAAUCACCAACACACAGCAGAGCAAGUUGCUGGAGGAAUUCUUUCCAUCGCCAAGCUGCUCACCUGCCGUCUCCCCAAAACGAAAGUGGUCGUACUGGGUUUGUUACCGCGGGGGGAGCGUCCCAACCCGCUGAGGGAGAAGAACGGCGCCGUCAAUGACUUUCUGCGCUCCUGGCUGCCUCGCCUGGGCCAGGCCCAGUUCCUGGACACCAGCGCGGAGUUCGUCCACUCCGACGGCACCAUCGGUCCGCAGGACAUGUUCGACUUCCUCCACCUGACGUCGACGGGUUACCGCGUGGUGGCCAAGCCCCUCAGCGACCUGCUGCUUCAGAUACUCGAGGAGACGCCGGAGGAGCGAAGGGCGUCGCUGGUUUGAGCGGCCGAGCGGGAGGAGGGAAGGCACCCUGAGACGGGCGGGCGUGUCUUGGUUUUGACGAGCGGGACGUCGGCGUGGGCGCUGUCGACGGGAGAGAGACGUCGCUUCGCUCGUCAAACGACUCCCUGCCCGAGACCUUGUGCGACCGCACCGUCAGAUCAAAUGAAGUAUUUCUCUUGAUUUCUCAGCACCGUUACUCACUGAUGUGCACAGCCUCAUUUCUUCCUGUAUUAUGUCAUCACGGUCAAAUGUUGACAGCAACUCCGGUAACAUGAGACGUAACUUGUAUGAUGUUUGAAGUAUGCUCAUGGGGGGGGGAUACAAAGUGCUUAACGUCCUCCAAUCAUUACUUUUUAUUUUAAAGGUUUAAAAGAUUUGCCAAAGAGCACAGCAAAAUAGCACAGUUUUACUGAUUGGUAAGCAGAUCACCUUAAUGCUCAGUGUGCUCGAAUUCCGUAAGUAUCGACGUGUGGAACUUGUUCGCUAAACGUUGACGCGGCGUAAUUGAGCAAGCCAACAACAUCAAGCAAGUGAAUUGUUUGCAACAGAAUUGAAGACUGGUUGAAACACUUCUCAUGCGCGCUGUUCUGCAUCCUGACAUGGACAAAUAAUGACACUUUCUCCCUCCCAUUCAACACUUUGAUGGGUAUACAGUACAGUAUUUUCUUUCUUACGCACCUUUUCAUUCUGUGACUUUUCAUUUUACUUUUUUUUUUUUUUGUAAUUUUAUCCACCUGUUGUGUUUCGUUUUUGUCAUUGAGCUCUCACACAAUACUUUUUUAGGAAUACAAAUUUGCAGAAGCUACUGAAUAUUAUCAUGCUACCAAGACAAAAUCCCAUUUUGGCAAGCUUAUGCUAAACCUUCUUUAUGACUCAAUAAGUCACAUACUGAGCUUCAAAUUAUCUGACGUUUACUGCUGUCUUAAGCUCUGCACAGCACGUGCUGCGUGUGUAUGAUUGUGUGCGUGUGUGUGUUUGUGUGCGUGUGUGCACGCCUCCAAUGUUUACGGGAGCGUUUGUGUACAGCGUGUCUGCAAGUUGGAGCGGUGCGAGUGAUUGGAAGUGACCCCGCAUGUAUAUAAGAGACGUGCAAAGGAUGUCUGUAGGGGAUUUAGACUGGGGGAGUCUGUCAGUGUGUUACGUUAUUUUGUGCACUUGUUUGGCUUGUUGUCUUGUUAUUGAGUUAAAGUAAAGCAUUCCAAUUAAAAAAAAAAAGAAAUAAAAGCAAGGCCAGAAUUCA